AUGGGUGAGACGGGACAGAAGAAGCGCUAUGCCAUCGUCGGCACCGGCGGCCGGUCGGGCUUCUUUUACACUGCCAUCGCGCAGGACUACAGCAGCACCUCGGUCAUCGUCGGCCUCUGCGACACGAACCAGACGCGCAUGAACUACGCCAACUCGAGGCUCAAGGAGCUCGGCCACGGCGAAGUCCCGACCUUCCUCGCUGCCGACUUCGAUCAGAUGAUCAAGGAGACGAAGCCGGACGAGGUCAUCGUCACGACGAUCGACCGCACGCACAACAUCUACAUCGUCCGCGCCAUGGAGCUCGGCUGCAACGUCGUGACCGAGAAGCCCAUGACGAUCGACGCGCCGCGGUGCCGCGACAUCUUCUCGGCGGUCGAGCGGACGGGGCAAAAGGUGCGGGUGACGUUCAACUACCGCUACGCGCCGCACAACACCAAGAUCUUUGAGAUCAUCAAGUCGGGCGCCAUCGGCACCGUCACGAGCGUGCACUUUGAGUGGAUGCUCAACGAGAACCACGGCGCCGACUACUUCCGGCGCUGGCACCGUGACAAGCGCAACUCGGGCGGCCUCCUCGUGCACAAGUCGACGCACCACUUCGACCUCGUCAACUUCUGGCUGCAGACACGGCCGCAGACGGUCUACGCGCAGGGCGACCUCAAGUUCUACGGGCGCGAGAACGCCGAGAAGAGGGGCGUGACCAAAUUCUACACGCGCGCGCACGGCAGCGAGGCGGCCCGCGACGACCCCUUUGCGCUGCACCUCGACUCGAACCCGCAGCUGAAAUCCAUGUACCUCGACGCCGAGCACGAGGACAGCUACCACCGCGACCAGAGCGUGUUCGGCGACGGCAUCAGCAUCGAGGACACGAUGAACCUGCUGAUCCGGUACCGCAACGGCGCCGUCAUGACGUACUCGCUGACGGCCUACGCGCCGUGGGAGGGGUUCCGCGUCAACUUCAACGGCACGGGGGGCCGGCUCGAGGUCGAGGUCGUGGAGAAGAGCUACGUCAACUCGGGCGGCAGCCAGGCGCUCGAGGGCGCCAUCGAGAAGAGGACGAUGCUGCUGCGCCCGCUGUUCGGCCCGCCGCAGGAGAUCGACCUCGGCGAGGCCAAGGGCGCCCACGGCGGCGGCGACCUCGUGCUGCUGAGGGACCUGUUCGGCGAGCCCGUCUCGGACGAGUACAUGCGCGCCGCCAGCCACGUCGACGGCGCGGCCUCCAUCCUGACGGGCAUCGCGGCCAACAGGUCGCUGGCCACGGGACAGGCGGUCAACGUGGAUGACAUUCUUGUUGUGCCGGAGAAAUGA